AUGACUGCCUCGUGGCUGCUCUCUGCUCUCGCCUUUGCGCUCCUCUUGGUCAGGCCGGGCGCAGCCUGGUCCUACCACACCUCCCCGGUGACCUUGACCUUUGACGAGGCCAGCGCCUACUGCCAGCAGCACUACACCCACCUGGUGGCCAUCCAGAACCAGGAGGAGAUCCAGCACCUGAACUCCGUCCUCAACCACUCGACCAGUUACUACUGGAUCGGGAUCCGCAAGGUGGAAGGCCAGUGGGUGUGGAUCGGCACUGGGAAGCCCCUGACGGAGGAGGCCGCCAACUGGGCGCCCGGCGAGCCCAACAACAAGCAGGCGAACGAGGACUGCGUGGAGAUCUACAUCCGGCGGCCGCUGAACCCCGGCCAGUGGAACGACGAGCGGUGCAGCAAGCGCAAGCUCGCCCUGUGCUACACAGCUGCCUGCACCCCGGCCUCCUGCAGCGGCCAUGGCGACUGCGUGGAGACCAUCAACAACUACACGUGCCAGUGCCACCCCGGCUUUCGUGGCUCCCAGUGCGAGCAGGCGGUGACCUGCCCGGCCCUGGACGCCCCUGAGCACGGGCGCCUGGAGUGCACCGGGCCCUGGGGAAGCUCCGGCUACAACACCUCCUGCACCCUGAGCUGCAGGGAGGGCUACCGGCCCCGCGGCCCCCGCGCCACCCGCUGCACCGCCUCCGGGGCCUGGAGCGCGCCCCUGCCGGCCUGCGAGGAGGUCCGGUGCGCCCCUGUGACACCGCCUGCCCACGGCUCCGCCGCCUGCUCCCAGGACCCCGGGGCAUUCCCGGGGAGCACCGUCCCGGGGAGCACCGUCCCGGGGAGCACCGUCCCAGGGAGCACGGUCCCAUGGAACACCAGCUGUGCCUUCCACUGCGAGGCCGGCUUCAAGCUCGUGGGGGCCCCGCGCCUCCGGUGCACGGCGGCCGGGCGCUGGGACCACGAGGAGCCCACGUGCACAGCCCUGACCUGCGCCGCCCCGGACGCCCCUGCGCACGGCUCGGUGAGCUGCAGCCUCUCCCCCGCCGGGGAGCUGGCCUCCGGGUCCGCCUGCAGCUUCGCCUGCGAGGACGGCUUCGUGCUGCGGGGGCCCGCCCGCCUGGACUGCACCGCGCAGGGGCGGUGGGCGCAGCCGGCCCCGCGCUGUGAGGCUUCCCCGUGCAAAGCCCCCUCUAGGCCUGAGAGGGGCCACGUGAGCUGUCCCCCCAGCGCUUCUGGAAGCUUCCAGCCCGGGGCCAGCUGUGCCUUCUCCUGCGAGCAAGGCUUUGUGCUGUCAGGACCCGCAAGGCUCCAGUGUGGCCCCAUGGGGCAGUGGGAUGGCCCGGAGCCCACGUGUGAAGCUGUGCGAUGCGACCCCGUGCCCCCGCCCCGGGGCGGCUGGGUGCGGUGCCGCCACGCCCCUGCCGGGGAGCUCACGCCCAGCUCCUCCUGCGCCUUCGGCUGCCAGGACGGCUUCCGGCUGCAGGGGGCAGCUCGCCUGGAGUGCACGGCCCGGGGACAGUGGACACGGGAGGCCCCCUCCUGCCAAGUGGUGCGAUGCUCACGCCCGGCGGCGCCCGGCAAGCUGGCCGUGAGCUGCGACGGGGAGCUCGUGGUCGGCGCUGAGUGCACCUUCGCGUGCCCCGAGGGAUGGACGCUCAACGGCUCGGCGGCGCUGACGUGCGGAGCCGCAGGACACUGGUCCGGGAUGCCGCCCGCCUGCGAAGCCCCAGCCCCGUCCAGCCUGCCCCUGGCCAUCGGGCUCUCCGUAGGGGGGACCUCCCUCCUGACAGCCUCGUCCUUCCUGCUCUGGCUGCUGAAGCGCCUUCGGAAGAAAGCAAAGAAGUUUGUUCCCGCCAGCAGCUGCCAAAGCCCUCCCUCCGACGGAUCCUACCAGACGCUAAUUUAA